AUGAGAUUCAUUGCUUUAUUAAUUUCAUUUUUUGCUUUAUUAAAAGUUAUUAGUGCCAUCUCAGGUGUUGAUAUUUCAUCAGCAAGCACCAUUGAAAGUUUCACUUGUUUAAAGAGUGCUGGUUAUGAUUUUGCUAUCAUUCGUGCAUAUGAAUCAUUAGGUCAAGUUGAUCCAAAUGGCCCACACAGCGUUUAUAAUGCUCGUGACGCUGGUAUUGAAUAUGUUGACGUUUAUAUGUUCCCCUGCCCAACAUGCGGUAAUGGUGCUGGUCAAGCAGAAACAAUGGUUAAUUACUUAAAAGGUUACAAUGCAAAUUAUGGUAUGGUUUGGUUAGAUAUUGAAGGUCCACAAUACUGGAUGUCACAAUCAGAAAAUGUUGCAUUCUUUGAAAGUUUAGUUGCAGGAUUAAAAGCUGAAGGUGCUCAUAUCGGUGUUUACACAUCUGCAAGUCAAUGGGAACCAAUUAUGGGUGGAUACACUGGUGGUAGCGAAUUCCCAUUAUGGUAUGCUCAUUAUGAUGGUAAUCCAUCUUUCAGCGAUUUCUCACCAUUCAAUGGUUGGUCAACUCCAUCAGUUAAACAAUACGAUGACACUGGUGACAGCUGUGGUUUAGGUUUCGAUUUAAAUUGGUACCCAUAA